AUGUAGGUUAGUGCUAAAGGUUAAGUGCCCCUAGGUUCCAUCCCCAACACAGAAAAAAUAAAAAUAAAAAACUUACAAGAGGAGGAAGUUGGGCCGUUGGCUUCCAGGGGAGGCUUUGACCCCUCUGAGUGGCUGGAAGGUGGGUUUGGGCUGGCAGUAGGAGGGGUGGGCCUGUGUGAGGUAGACUGGAGAGGACAAAAUUCUCAGUUUUUAUCACACAUGUGAUAACAGUGCCCAGAGAGGAGCUGGAUGGUCAUAGCACAGGAAAGGACAGGACCCAGAACCUGUGCUCCAACUGUCCUGAGAUUCUAGGAGCUUCUGAGAGAUUCUAAGAGCCUCUGAGGAGGCUGAAGGAGCUGGAGGGGGGCAUGUGUGUGUGCCUGGGGGUCUGUGUGUGGUUCCGAGCCUAAAAUGACUGGGGUGUGAAGUGAUGUGUUUGGGAAAAACAGUUCCCGUUAGAAACAGUGUCAGAGAUGGGAAUCAAUGCCUUCCUUGUUACAGACCUUGGGGCCCAUGUUCCUUGUGUUCCCGUCCCUUGCCCUGGACUGGAAGCUGAGUAGGUGAACUUUGAGUCAAAAUAACCUGGACAACUCUUGGCCAGGCCAGGGACACAGGUCCUGAUGGUAUGGAAAACCUUGGGUCCCAGGCCACCUCUGGGCACCUUGCCUCAUCCUGUUGUGCAAUAAAUAGCUGACCAUGAGCCAUGGUGGCUGAAAUGAUGAUUGGUGUAAGGUGCCUAAUUUCCUGCUUGGGCCUCUUAAGACCUCCCACAAUGUCCUUUCAUGCCUAGGUCUGCCCUAGGUUGAGGGGAACUCAGGGUUAUGGAAGGACAUAUGCCUUUACACACUCUGACCUCCCUGCCUGGAUGAACUUGCCUCCCAGGAAGGGAGACCUAAGUUGGCAACCACCCUUAUGGCCACAUUCAUCUCAGUGGCUGAGGGGCCAGUGGACUUUGGGAGUCAAUCAGGCUUGGAUUCCAAUCUCAACAUGGCCUCUCUAGCUGGAGGAUUUGUCACUUCUCUGUAAGCUUUCAUGUCUUCAGGGGUAGAAUAAAGAUGACAGUAAUCAACUACUUCCUCAUGCAAGUGCCUGCCACUUGACCAUAUCCCAGCAUGAGGUUGCAGCCAACCCCUAUGUGUCCUUGCACAGGCGCAGCCCCGCUAUUUGCCUCAUUUUUCCCUGACUAUGAAAUGGAGCUGAGUUGCCAGGGUCCUGCUGGAGGAAGAGAACACGUGGCAUCUCUAGGGCCCUGGGGGAGGAGUGAGGUGUCAGUUCCCCAUUGGUCUGGCACAGAGGCAGUUCCCACUGCACCCAUGAGCACGUACAUCUGCACCCCAACCACAGUGCAUGCUCAGUGAGCUCACUCAGGAGGCCAUGAGACUGUCACUGCCACUACUGCUGCUGUUAGGAACCUGGGCUGCCCCCAGGGGCCUUGGAGAAAAGGCCUGGCUCUCAGCCACUGCCCCACAGCUUGAUGAGGAGGAGAAGUACUCAGCCCACAUGCCUGCUCACCUGCGAUGUGAUGCUUGCAGGGCCGUGUCCUAUCAGAUGUGGCAACAUCUGGCAAAGGCAGAGGCCAAGCUUCAUCAUCCAGACUCCUGGGGGACACAGGGGCUGAGUGAGUCCAUAUACACAGACAUCCUGGACCGAUGCUGCUCCCAGAACUGGCAGGACUAUGGUGUCCAAGAAGUGAACCAGGUGAAACAUCUCACUGGCCCAGGUCUUAGCAAGGGGACAGAGCCAACCAUCAGUGUGAUGAUCACAGGAGGCCCCUGGCCCGUCAGGCUCUCUGAAACAUGCUUUCACUACCUGGGAGAGUUUGGAGAAGACCAGAUCUACAAAGCCCACCAACAAGGCCAAGGAGCUCUGGAGGCACUGCUGUGUGGGGGCUCCCAGGGGGCCUGUUUGGACAAGGAGACAGCCACAAGGAAAGAGCUCUAGUCCAUCACUACUCCUAUCCCUUAAAGAGAAGCUGGGACCGCCUCUGGACCUUUCCUGUUGCUUUCUGCAGGCUGCCAGAGGGCAGGGAGGUGCUGCUGCUCUUUCCUCCUACAUUCUGGGGCA